CGGGACGAGGGAAAGGAGGCUGAAGAGCCCGCGGGCGUGCGGCUUGCAGCUUUUCCUCAGGCGCCCGACGCUGCCGCCACCUCUUUCACCUGCCAUUUCAGCGAUUUCAGGAAACCCCCGGCAGCGUUUGGGGCGGGAGGCGGGAAGCGCCUGCUUUGUGCCUCGGUAGCCACCGGGAGACCCGUUGUGGCAGAAGGAAAACAGUUGGCACAACCUGAUAAGGGGCUAUAGGAGCUUGGAUUGUAGGGAUUUCCGGAGGGUGGCACCGCAGGGAAAUCAGUAGUGAGUCUUGUGGCGCCCUAAAGACUAAAACAUUUAUUCUUGAAUAAGCUUCGGUCAUGUGCAAUAGCCCACAAAACCUCAUGCCAAAAUAAAUUUAUUAGCGUUUAAGGGGGAGCAAGACAUUCUAGGAUUUUCAGUAAAGCCUUCGCAGUAAUGUUAGAGAUACAGAGUGGAAUAAUCUGUCUGGUGGUUUAUGUGUGACUUUACUUAGCUGUUUUGACAUUUUUCUGCCCCCCUCCCCCACCCCGGACUCCAAGUUUGGUUUAUUUAUAAGUUCAGGUAAUUUACAUUCUUACAAGGUGGAAAGAAAGACUUGGUAGCUCACAGUUACUAAUGCAAACCAUUCUGCUUAACAUGUAGUAAAUCAUCUCUGUUUGCCAUGCAUAUGAAACAAUUCAUAUUAGAGCAUUGUUUAAUAUAGGCCAAAUUAAACUGAACCUUAGAAGCUAAGAGCCAGAGUUUUUCUUAGCUGCAUUUAUGGCAGCCAGAGAUUGGGGGGAAAAAAAGCUUGAUGAAUUAUUUUAAUAGUUCUUCACUCUGCCUGAACUAAUGUUUCAUGAAGGGAGUCUGAGAAACUGAGGCAAAUAGCGGUGAUAAAAAAAUGAAGUUCUCAGUGUUACUGACCAGCUGAAAGUUAAUUCACUAAGUUCUUAAAAUAACUCAAACAUGAAAUUGCUGAUCUUCUAACAGAAAUACGUUACAUGAUCUUGAGAUCAGUCUCUGAAGCUGAGAAAUGGAGAAUUGUCAAAUACAUUUUAAAAAAGGGAUCCAGCGAGGUCUGUUAGCUUAACACCUGUUUCAGUUAAAUUGGUUGAUAGCAUUAGUAAAGAUACAGUUGGUAAGAAUAUAGAAGGAUAUCUACAUGCUGUACCAUGAACUAGCAUGUCAAGUCACCUUUGCUAAGCUGGAAGGGUGCUGACCUGCAGCCAGUUAGGAGACAACAUGUAGAAGUGGAGCAAGGAGUUGGAUUUGAUGGCUUUGUAGGCCACUUCCAACACUAUUACGAUUCUAUUCUGAAACUCCGCUGAGAAAGUAUCAACAUUGCUUCUGCAAAGGCAAAGUUCAACAUGUUUCAAAUUCCUGUGCAAAAUCUUGAUAACAUAAGGAGAGCUCGGAAAAAAGUGAAGGGCAUACUGGUGGAUAUUGGCCGUGAUAGCUGCCAGGAGUUACUUCAGACUUUGAAAAGUUUUGACCCAGGAGAAAAGUAUUUCUGCAACACUUCAUGGAAUGAUGUGUCUCAUUGGGAGUCAGUCACUAAAAGAAAGAGAUACAGAACAAAUCCAUAUUGCUGUAGCCAGUGCAAGUUCUCCUCAAAAUUUCUUUCUUCUUUCAAAAAUCACUUGAACCGUUACCAUGAAGAUGAAAUGGACCAAGAAUUAGUUGUUCCUUGCCCGGAAUGUUCAUUUGCUUCUCAUUCCAAAAUAGUGGGGAAACACCUCAGAAUGUUUCACUCCAAGAAAAAAAUACAAAACUAUAAUGUAAGUGGUGGCAUGAGACAAUUCCGGAGUGAUACAGUAAACUUUGUAUGCCAGAAAUGUCAGUUUACAGACACUCUGUACUACAAUACAAAGAAGCAUGUAUUAGUAACGCACUUCCAAAACCUAAUAAGCACAUACUUUGAAGAGAGACCUGAUGACAGUGAAGAGAAUUUUACUGAUCAUUACUGUAAAAAAUGCAAUGCUUUUGCAAACAGUCGGGAUUCUUUAAUAUAUCACGUCUUGACAUCUGAAGUACACAAAGACCUGGAGAAUACAUUGAGGCCUGUCAUUUCAGUACAACCUAAGAAACCAGGACAAGCAAAGUCACUGCAGAUAGUCAACAUUGCUCCCAAGCCCUCCAUGCUCGGAGCCACACCACCACUGAUACCUACCACUUCAUCGGUGGGCACAGCUUCUUCUGCAUCCCUCCCAGCAGUUAACCAGAAUCAAAGUCUGGUGCCAGCAAAAGCCAUUCAAAACACAGUUGGACAACUGAGUGUUUCAAGUGCCUCCAGUAGUCUGACAUGUACAUCACCAUCCAUUUCAAUUGCCCAGUCACAUAUUACACUUAUGUCUGGUCCUCGCCCAGGAGGUCAGAAUAAUGCAGCUCUUCAGUCUGCAGUUUCCCAACCUGUCUUUGUUUCCCACAGGCUUCCCUUAAAACAGCCUGUGCGGCCUGGGGUUCUCUGCCUAAAUCAGCCUGCUGGAGCUAUAGGUAGAGCUGUUCCUCCAGGUGUCCUCUCAUUCAAUCGGCCAGUCAGACCUACCUUGCUUUCUGUUAAUCAGUCACUUAGGACCAUCACUGGUCCAGUUGUGCCAGGGACUGUUCCUCGGACGCAACCUGCUGGAACACUGAAUCGACCGAUUGGAGCUGGUGCUAUUCCAGUCAGGCCUUCUUCACCUGGGGUGCUUGCUCUAAAUCGGCCUGUUGGAAGUUUGAACCGGCCCAAUGCUACAGGGGUUCUCCCAAUGACCCAGACACUUGCAUCGGGAGUCCUUCAGUUUAAUCCAGUUACUUCAGGGGUUCUUCCUGUAAACCCAUCGGUUGGACCUGGGAUUCUACAGUUUAAUCAGCCUGUUGCACCAGGGGGCCUUCCUGUGACUCAGCCUGUCAGACCUGGAGUUUCUCAGAAUGCUACUUUAAUUACUGCAGGUCCUAUACUUAGACAGCUAAUUCCAACUGGCAAGCAAGUUAAUGGGAUACCCACCUAUACCCUUGCACCAGUUUCAGUGGCUUUGCCUGUGCCACCUGGUGGCGGGAUGACAUCAGUUCCGCCCCCUCAGUUGCCUGUUCAGCUGAUGCAGUCUGGUCCAGUUACACAGCUGUCUCAGGUCCCAGCUACUGUGCCUUCCUCAGUUGUAGUAACUUCUUCCAUGAAUAGCCUUGCCAAGACCUCCCCCUCUGCUUCUCCAGCAAACCUUGCCCUUAAACAAGCUAAGCAGUGGAAGACAUGCCCUGUUUGCAGUGAGCUUUUCCCAUCAAAUGUCUACCAGGUGCACAUGCAGGUUGCUCACAAAUUCAAUGCAGCAAAGACUAAGGCUAUUCUUGAGACAGACAAAGUUGCAGCCUGUGCACCUUUUCUGAGAUGGCUAAAAGACAAGACAGUUCGUUGUUUUUCUUGUAAAUGUUUUCUCUCUCAGGCAGAGCUUAUAAAACAUAUUUUCACACAUGGAUUAGCUUGCCUGUUCUGCACCAGUACAUUCCAUGACUUAAAAUGCCUUGUGGAUCAUACUCAAACUGUGCAUAAAGGAAAGAAAAAACUACAUGCUGAUUAUGAUGACAAAGGAUUUCAACUUGAGAGUGAUUCUGAAGGUGACCUGGUGUUUCCUCAUUUUGACUUCAGUAUAAAUUCAAAAGAAGAACAGUGUGAAAGAGAAGUGCACCUAGUAGUACUUGCUGGGGUAAACUCAAGGACACUUAUUCCUCUGUACAUCAAGCUACAGCGCGAGGCUGCUGAAAUGAGCAAAGGCAAUAAGAAAGUUUCAACCUGUCCCUUUUGUUAUGGUACUUUCGUAAGCACAGAAGCCUAUGAGAUGCAUUUGAAGGAGAGGCACCAUAUCAUGCCAACUGUGCACACCAUUUUAAAGACUCCUGCUUUCAAGUGUAUCCACUGCUGUGGAGUUUACACUGGCAAUAUGACUCUGACAGCUAUUGCCGUUCAUUUGCUCCGUUGCCGAAGUGCCCCCAAAGAUAGCACCCCAGCUGUAAAAAUGCAGCUUGAACUCAAUGAGAAGAAAGAUCUGCCACUGGUAAAUGGUGAACAGCAUGAUGCUGUUUCUCUUUCAGUUAAAAGAAAACCAGCUGAUCAUCUGUAUGCUGUUGCAGAGGACCAAAUUAAUGAUGACCAGCCAUUCCUGAUUAUAAACAGUGGUACAGCCCAAGUUCCAGUAAAGGAGGUGGCUUUUGUGCCUUCCAAACGACAAAAAACUGAUCAUAAGACUGAUACUAAAGGACAAUUCUCAGUUGAGGAUCUAGCAUUAAAUCCAAAGCCAUUCCAAAAUAGCUCAAACGAAGUUCAAAAGCGGUUUCUUGCAGAUUACUUUCACAAGAAGCCAUAUCCUACUAAAAAGGAGUUAGACUUGCUGUCAUCCAUUCUGUGUGCAUGGAAAGUUGAUAUUGCAUCAUUUUUUGGGAGAAAGAGACACCAGUGCCUAAAGGCAAUAAAAAAUCUUAAGCCAUCUGUGCUUUUGGGCUUCAGUAUGUCUGAACUUAAAAAUGUGAGGCACAGUUUGAGCCUAAAAUGUGAAUUGGGAGAAGUAUAAUUUUUUUUUCUAAACCCUAGUGUCAUGCAAUUAAGAUUGCAUAUUACUUCAACUCUUUCAUUGAUUUGGUUUCUUGUGACAUUGAACUGUUAGGGCACAGUGGCCACAUUCAAACAAAAGAAAAGGUCAGCAUUGUGUAAAAUUCUGGCUAAUUGUUCACAAGCAGUAUGCUAAUGCAUGCUGAUUGCUUCUGCUUUGUUCCUGAAAAGCUUAGUGAUAUGUCUGAAUCCAGACUUCUGACUUGUCACUCCCAAACAAGCCAGGAAUCAAAUGGUGACUGCAAACCCUGACUUUAGGUAUGUUAGGAGAACAACCAACUAGAAGUCCAUUUUUAACUAUAACGCUAAACUUGCUGGUGAGUUCCUGGCUACUGUAGCUGCUCCUGCUGGCGGGGGGAGCCAAGAGGGAGUGAUCAUGAUAAUAUCAUUUUCAACCUUACCGUUCUGUGCUAAUGAGAUUAGUGCCUCGUUCAGUUUGGGCAAGUGUUAAUUGUGGCAGUGGGAUACAGUAUAGUAUACCUGAGGCUUUGUUACUUUUGUUUGUUUUUUGUUUAUGGUGUAGCAUUCUCUGCCCAUGGGUUUUUAUAUAAUUGUGUAACAAAUUUCAUGGUUUUUUUUAGUACCAAUUGUUUUAAAAAUAAAGUGCAUAGUUUUGGUAAAAUCCCAAAACUGGUUAGAUGGUCAUAAUAAAAAAUUACAGUCCUUCCCUCUUAAAACUAUGAUGGUUGGCUUCUACCCUGAUCUUCAUAUUGCUGUGUUACAAACCAUCUCUUUACUUGUGGUUGUUGUACCACACGCAACUGCCUGCCUGCCCUAGAUACAGUGGUACACAUCAGCCAAGAGUUUGUGAGCGUCCCUCAUAAGAAAUUCUAAUGUCUUAGAUGGUAUCCUUUUUCAUGAAGCAUCCAUUAUUGGGUUUCAGCUAUUGAUUUGCAUCUUUAAAUAAAGCAAGAAGCUUUCCAUUUGCAGUAGACUACAAUGGCUACCUAAGAAUUCCUUUAUUUGGUGCAUCUCCUUGCUAGGCGUACUCUUCUGUCAUUGCCUACCAUUUCAGAAAGCAGUUAGCAUUAGUCGCUAGCUGUUCUGCCAUUGUACUGGCAUAUUCCAAAGCAGCGCUUGCAGUAGCUUGUAAGUUAUCCACAAGAAGGCAUAACUUCCUUUUUGGAGCAAGGGGUCAAAGGCUAGUACAAGUGCAAAAUAGUUGAUUUUGCAUUAGCUAUUGGCCCCCCCACCCCACCAAAUAAACACAGUGUUUGAAAGGUGUGAGAAAAUACUUGUUAUUCAUAAUAAAUUGCAGCUCAGUCCUUUAAUAAUUAAAGAUUGCAUAGCUCUGAGUCUGCGCCAGUCUGAAUUAAUGCACCAUGUGCUUCUAUCAGUGCUGACUGAAAGCUCUUUCAUUACAGUCCCCGAAAUUUAGUUUGAUGGGUUAUCCAGCAGGUGACAGCCUGCUUUAAAGCUAGGCAAGUUAUUGAAGAAGCAUAGUAGGUACUAUUACUUAAAACCAAAAUAAGGCUAAGAACUGUGGCGGGUUUUGUUACUGUUCUGCCUUCUGGAAAGGUAUGUUCUAACAGCCUCCAAUUCAGGAAGACGAAUAUUUAACCACUACUUGGUGUGCUGUCUUUACACUGUUUCUUAGUUAUUGAGAAAUCUAUGCCAAGGCAUUUGUUUUAUUUCAUUGAAAAUGCAUGUAGAUACCUUGUGCAUAUUAAGGCGUUACAUUAUAGGUUGUUCAAUUUCUAUAAAUGUCAGAAAAUUGGAAGAGGGUGUUAUGGUUUGAUUUCUGUUCUUUCAUGUAGCAUCUUAAUUCGCCAGUGCAGAGGAAGAGGUGCUGAGAUGGGGCCACAAUCCAUCCAUUUGUAGGGGUGUUCUAGUCACAGAUUCGCCACAUCUGUGUUGGCAUUGUACAUUCUGCAGGUAUAGAAAAUGACAAAAGGCAUGGGCUGGCCACUCAGGAGCAGGAAGAAUUACUACUGCUAUUCAUCCACAUGAUUUAAACUACUCUGAAGCAGAGUAGUUGUUUUCCUACAAUUCUCCUUACAAGUGUUAGGCUGUUAAAAACAAAAAGUGGUUAAAACACUGUCACAUUAAAAAAACCCAACUAUUUGAACCUGCUAGACCCUGGGAAUGGGGUACGAAACAAAUUGGUAGACAUUAACUCAUUUGGGAGGAAAUAUCUGGGCUGUUGAAAAUUGUCAUCUAGAAAUCAAGGGCACAUUUAUUCAGUGUCAAAAGACAAAUUCACUUUAAUUGGUGAAGGUAAAUUUAGGAGCUCUUGGGACAAUGCUUGUUCUGGUCGCUCACUAUAGGAAUUAUUUGUAUAGGAAUAAGUAUGAACUAUGAAGGAUAGAAAAAGAGGUCCGGUAGUAGUGGUACUUAAGUGACCAGUGCCCUACAUUUUGUUUUUCUUAAAGAGCUAGUUGAAUAUAGAGAAGCAGGAGAACUCCAAAUAAAGUUGCAAUAAUAAAAAAAAUUAAAUAUGUAAAUAUUAGUAGCAAUCUUUUUUUUCUAUUUUGAGGGUGUGUUUCAGACAGCCAUUUUCACUUUAAAAUAUGUAUAAGACUUUAAAUGGGUGUAAUUGAAAAGAAUUCAAGCAAACAAUUGAUGACUUUUAUAUGGUGUUUCAGAAAUGGUUUAUAACAACCAAAAUUUUCCAGUAUUGUACUAUUACAAUUAUAUUCUUGCAUGUUUGAAGAGACCCCUGUAUAAAAUACACUACUUUCCCCAUGGAUGGAGUAUAUAUGUCUAGGACAUUCAGCAUUUUUCCCUAUGGGAAUCAUUAAACCAUGUAGCAGACUGAUAUGAUUAAGUUAAGGAAGCUUUUCUAUUUAAUUUUGCAGAAUAUACACAAUGGUCCUUUAGAAUCUGCAUGCGACCACAUUCACCUUGUAUUUGGUAUUGCAGUGUGCAGCAAGUCAAUAUUGGCCAGGAAAGAGCCACCUUCUGUCCAUCUCAAACUGAACCCUUUACAAGCUUUCAGUAGAGCAAAUACCAAGAGAAUGUAAACAAGUGCUCAUGUAUUGUAGAGCUUUGUUUCCACACAGUGGGUUUUUGACAGCCUUCUGAUUGUUUCCAAGCAUGCGGUGUUAAAGGUGAUACACUGAGUUUAGAUAAAACCAGACUUCCUCUGCAGCUCUAUUGAAAGAUUGUUCUAUAGCAAAUGCAUCUCUCUAUUCCUAACAGUAGAGCAGAGUUUUCACUGCCAGAAGUGUAGGAGCAGUUUUGUACUAGUACUUGAUUUCUAAAAUGUGCUUGCCUAAUCUUUACAAAUCAUCACAUAGCUACUUAAGCAUUUUCAUUCAUGGUGGUGAUGUACCACUUGCAUCAAAUCAUCCAACUUUUUUAGAAGUUAGAGCAUUCUGCUUCAUUAGAACUAGAAAAUGAAAACUAUACCAAACCAUUUCCUAGAUUUCCUUAUGGACUGCUUUCUUGCUAAGCUACCACUAAAGUCUAUGGCUGUAGUUACUAUGACACUAAGUAGUUCAUCAGUAGACAUGUUUCCUUAACUUUGGUUAUUUCUGUUUGGUAGACAUACGUCUUCUAACUGACCUGGUUGCUAUUAGCAGCUCUUGAUUUUGCUUCUUUAUCUCCACAUACAACAUCAGUUUGCUGACUUGCUGCUGCAACAGCUGUUGUGGUUAUAACAAGAUGAAAGGCAAGUGAAGUUGAUUUCCUAAUUGAUUUAGCCCUGUUCUCCCCCUAUUCAGUUCUGGAAGUUUUCAUUUAUCUCAUAACGUGAAUGGAAUGGUGUGCGCAUGCGUGUGAAAGAAAUUCCUCAAAUUGAGGCAUAACACAAAAGGUUGCAAAAUCACAGGUUAAGUUGGUGUGCCUUGCAGCAGUAGGUAUGGCUGUGCUUCAUAAAGAAUGUAAAAAAUUGCUGUGCUGAAUCAAGCCAAAAACGUAUUGUGUUAGUGUUCUCUUUCCACAAUGCCCAAUCCAAAUACCUAUGAGAGACCUGCAACAGAAAAUCAUACUGCCUCUGAUAGAGGUAAUAUACAGUAGCCAUGAUUAAUAGCCACUGCUAAUCUUUCUUGCAAUUAAUGUAACACAUACCAUUACUACUGCAUUUAUACAGGGCCUUUCUUCCGCUUCAGAGGAACCUAGAGUGGCUUACAUAGUUUUCUUCUGCUGUUUUUAUCCUUUUAACAACAGGUAAGUUAGGCUGGGAAUCUGACUAGCUAAAAGUCACCCAGUGAGCUCCCUUUUUGAGGGGGAAACUAGAACUCCGAGCUCCUGAGUCCCAGUGGCUCUGAGCACAAGGAAGAGGUUGUAGCCCAGUCAUGGCGGAUGGGUUUGGCUACUAACACUACUUUUGCAGUCUGAAGUCUCAUUUUACCCAAAGGUUAUUCACAAUCUGCAGCCUCUUAAGGUGCUUUAAAGUUUGCCUUAGUUUCUCUGGAAUGUGUCCUGAUAUACCUACAGCUUAAUUACUUAAGUAAAAGCUAACAAUGCAUUUUCACCAAAACUUUCAUGCAGUUACGCAGGUCUGCUUAGUUCAGGUUCCCUUGAAGAGCAGGAGCUCCAGCUUUCCUAGUUCAGUGGUCCCAAAUCUUGUCUAGUCUACAUUCACAUACCCUUGAUUGGUAUCUGGAAGGAUGAAGCUUAGAAAAGAGCAACUCAGAAGCUCCAAAAAUAUCUAGAGCAAUUUACUGUUCCAUGAGAACCAGCUUGUGCAUAUUCCAGUUAAGACUGCCUGGAACCACUUCACUUUUAACCAUGUGGUAUUUUAUCUCCUUGGUUCCAUUGCAGUAGGAGUUAGUUGUGCUUAAGGGCAUUGAAUACAAUAUUUGCAUCCUAACUUACACUGUUUUCAAGGAACCUUAGUAAUUACUAAUUUCAGCUGGAUUGAAGUUAGUAAAUUUUAUACCAUAAGAGCCUCAUGAAAAUGCUGCAUAGACGGUCAGGGAUUCCUGAAAACCAGGCAGAGGCACUAUCCAAGAAUGGAACCCUUCUGUCCACGCAAGACAGGACCUGACUAUAUGCUCCUAUCUAUAGGGAAGGUGCUGCAAGAAACAAUAUGAUUUACAAAGGUACUUGAUUCACAGUUGGUGUCUGGUGGAAUAGUAGCUUGAGCUAUAAUAGGAAGCUAUAAAGAACAAGUGGGCAGAGUCCAUAGAAAAUAAAUUUGAAACAACUAAGAUUGGUCUCUCCAGUGAAAAGGUUCCAAGGAAGUCCUACUGAAAAGAUAGAUUAGGCAAAGGCACUGUGAUACUUGAAAGCAGAUACAAUCUACAAUAUGAAGGAAUAAAAUAAAAGGCUUUAUGUAAGUACAAACAUGUACUUAUAUAUAAUAAGUUUAUAUACUUCAAAAUCUAUGGGGAAAAAUCAUGGAUUGUUAUUCUAAUUCAAAUGAAAAACGGUAACAUUUGGGGGAGCAUCUCUAGGUGGCAUUUUGGCACUAAAAAAGUGGAAAGGCAGUGGCAAAAAAGGACUAAUUUCUUUUGAGGUUUAGCCAACGAACUCAUGCUUUCAGCAAGCCAUGUCUCAAAAUCUUUAAGCUUUGCUACCUGCCCGUCGGAUAUUUGCAACAAAAUUGGUGCUGUGAAGAGGUGCGACACCCAAGAUCAUUCCUGUGUGGGGACACUGGCCCCUGUCCCUGGAAAAAGCUGCCUAACCCUGCCCUAGAGAGUGAAUUCUAGCUAUAUCAGGUGAAAAGGGGAGGGCUGUAAACAUAUAAGGGGAAAGAAUCUUUUUUUCCUUCAGAUUCUGAGCUUGAGAAGGAAAAAUAUUCAGAACAAAGGAAAGUAAUACUGGGAGAGGAUAAAGUGUAUGGGUGAGUUUGAGAAAGUUGUUAUUUUUCACCUGAAAGUAGACAAGGCAGAGGAAGAAAAUAAUUCUGUAAAGAAAGAGAAAAAUGCUAGUAUUGAAGAUCAAGUGAUAUGACCAAGAGUGGGAACAGAGAAGAAAGGAUUUGUAGUUUCAGGAACUCUUACAGAAGAAGGAAAAGAUGGAAACAAGGGGAAAAAUUGAAAAAUGUUGGAAAACAUGGCAAGACAGUACUUAAGCAGCAAACAGCCUGCUCUACCAAAGGCUGAAAAAUAAGGUCUUGCAACCCAGAGCUUUAUAGCUUGCUUAAAAUAAUUUGCAUUUUUAUAGUUUAGAAAUAACGACUUCAUAAAUAUGAGAAAUCUGAUUUAAUUAAAUUUUAAGUUAUUAGAGCUUUGGUCAUCACACAUUUUGGCAUUACAUACAAGUUUUAAUAUAUUCAUCAAAAAAGAUUUGAGACAGUUGCCCCAAUGUAACAGCAGUCAGCACAUAACUGCAGUUUUCCUUUACUCUGCAGCAGUUCAAACAAUAAUGGCAUUUUUGCUUCUCUCUACUUAGACAAUCUACUUCUCCCCAAGAUACAGAACAGAAUCUAGACAUGUUCGUGAAGAACAUGAACACUUACAGUUUUGGUCCUUAUUGCACUUAGAUGAACCACAGAAGUAUUUAAAAAACUAUCCUUGUCAUAGGCACGGGUUACUACUAGCAGCAACAAAACCAUUCAAUUAAAAAAAAUACAUUCUCUGUUUUUUCCUAAGUAAAUAAUUUAUAACAGGUUUUCAAAUGAACUUAAUCAACUAAGUACUAAAGUUUGGCCAAUCAUUGCCCAUUAACCAAUUCACUCUUUUAUUACAAGCUGCCUUAUAUUCCAAGUUCUCACUUAGUGGCAAAGAUGGAUGUUAAUUCUGCUGCUUGGCCUCUCAGUUUUCCCCCCUCCCACGGGGAUUUCUGAGUUAUCUGGGACUCAAAAAAAGGAGGAGCAGAAAAGAGAAAUACAUAGAAAACUACGGUUUCUCCAUCCUGCAUGUCAUGUUGGAAAGGAAAAUGGGCACAUGCAUGAAGCUUUCUUACAUGUUCUGCUUCUGCCUGCCCGUUUGCCACUUUCUAGUUUGGAAAGGGAAAAAAAGGUGGUUGGUGAAUAGUAUUCUUUCUGUAUCCCCUCUUAUUUCUGUGUGUAGUGUCUGAGGGUGGGGGAAAGGGCUAGUCUUAGCUGUAGGAUGCUUUGUACAGAUGACUUUUGCCUCUUCCUCAACCCCCAUUCAAAGUGGCUUACUGAUAAGGCUAACUGCCCCAUUAGGAAGACUGGAAAAAAACAGUAAGUAUAUUCUACACCAGAUAGCCAAAAGGAAAGCAUUUGAAGAUACACAGCAAAGCAGCAGGCUGUGGUUUUCAAAGAAGUGCAGCGACUUGAAGACCAUCAUGGCUCUCACUCAUUUAUCUUUCAAAUAAUGUCAUGGCCAGCUAGAUCACAGAUGCUGUGCUUCACCAAGAAAAGGGAAGUAUUCUUCAGUCUUGAAGAGCUCUGGAGGUUCAUAAAGGGUUUGAUUCUGCCUUGAGGAAGAUGAUUUCUG